GGAAAGAAAGCUGCGAGAAAACACAACAAUGACGGAAAGAUCCUUCUCUCAGCUCCCGAUCACCUCUUCUCACGGUGGCCGGAGGAUGAUGAACACGAGGAGAGGAGUUUUUCCGGUGUCGGAGUACUGGAUCCACGCGAUUCCGGUGAUCAUCUUCCUCUGUUUCUUCACACUCUGGUUCUUCUCCCACUCAGUGAGCUUGAACGAGGAGAGUGGAGAGAUAAUGUCAGUGCGUCUCCUCGAGAAAUCCAUGGCCGUGAGGAACGAGUCUCAUGUGAGUUUGGCGGUUCUUGCUUCCUCUGCCGUCUCUCCAGCAACUGCAAACCAUACUUUGACUAUUCAUCACAACGCAACGCAGUCGCACAACGCAACCGCUAAGCCUGAGGUUGGUAAACGAGAAGAGACAAAGGCUAAAGAGAAGAAGAAGAAGAAGAAUAAAGGUAGAAAAGAGAAGAUGGAGAAAGAUAUUAACAAGUCCAAAUCGGUGAAGAAAGCAAAGAAGUCACUCGUUGGUUAA